GUACGUCAAUGUUUUAAUAUAAAGAAAAGAAGGAAGCAUAUUCACUCAUUUUCUUCAUCACACAUACUUGGCAAUUAAUUUAUCUACAGAAUUUCAAUAAUAAACAACCAACAAUGACCACCUACGAAAUUAGAGUAAAGACUGGUGAUAAAAUGGGAGCAGGGACGGACGCCAACACAGAAAUCGCACUACGUGGUAGCUCAGGAAAGCAAACAAAAUCUGCUCUUCUUGAUAACUGGUUUAAAAAUGAUUUUGAACGUGGCAAAACAGAUGUUUUCAUCAUUCAAGACGAAACAGAUAUUCCUGAAGUAACUGAGAUCAAGUUGCGAAGAGACAAAGCCGGUUUGUUCAGCGAUUGGUUCGUUGAAAAAGUUGAAGUAACCAAUCAGAGGAGCGGAAAGACUAACGUUUUCCCAAUACUUCGGUGGAUUCGCCCUGAUGUUGACCUCUAUUUUGGACGAUAUGAUGUCUCUCUGCCACAGUUUGAUACUCGGCUGCAACAGCGCAGUGCUGAGUUGAAUGAGAAAAGGAAGCUCUACGAGUAUGAGGAGAAAACCCCAGGAUUACCCGUACAGGUUAAAAAUGUCCCUGAGGAUGAAGUGUUCUCUUCCUCUUACAAGAUUGAUCUGCUACAAAGAAAAUACAGUCUGAAGGCGGGUAAAACCUUGGAGAUGAUUUUCGGUGAUGGAUCCUGGAAAACUUUAUAUGACUUGACAGGUGUCUACUCAAAAACAUUUGGAGAGCCGAAGGGGAUGCAGGACUGGGAGAGUGAUAUAAGUUUUGGAUGGCAACGAUUAAACAGCGCCAACCCCAAUCUGAUUCGGCUCUGUACGCAUAUACCAGACAAGUUUGGGGUGACCGAAGAAAUGAUCAAACCUUUUCUAGAUGGACUGACUUUGUCCCAAGCCAUCACUGACAAACGACUGUUCAUCAUUGAUCUGGAAAUACUGGAUGGGAUUUCUCUUGUCGAUGGAUUUGUUUGUCCGAUUCCCAUCGCCCUCUUCUUCGUUAACAGUAAAAAUCAACUAUUGCCAGUUGCGAUACAACUUUUUCAACAGAAGGGAUCAGACAAUCCAGUGUUUCUGCCCAGUGAUCCACCUUAUACAUGGUUGAUGGCCAAAAUGUGGUACAACGUAGGGGACUCAAAUUAUCACCAAGCGAUAACGCAUCUAGGUUACACCCAUCUAGCAAUGGAAGGCGUGUGUAUAGCAGCCAAUAGAUGUCUGUCUCCUUCCCAUCCCAUGUUUAAACUGUUGGCGCCACAUCUUCUCUACAUUAUUGCUAUCAAUGACCGCGCUCUCGGCUUCCUUGUGUCUCCUGGAGGAUGGAUUGAUAAAACAAUGGUGGUGGGAAGCAAGGGUGUUGUUGAACUGGCUGCAAAAGGGACAAGCUCUUGGAGAAUGGAUGUAGAAGGAACCUAUCCAGAAUUUUUGAAAGAAAGAGGGUUAUAUUGCAAGGAUGGAAAAAUCCUACCAACAUUCUAUCAGCGUGACGAUAGUCUUGACCUUUAUGAAGCCAUUCGAAAUUACGUCACCAAAUAUGUCCAUCUCUAUUAUGACACGAAUGAUAAAAUUAAGGACGAUCCUGAAAUUCAAAACUUUGGGCGUGAAUUAUCAAUGCCUAAGUCCAAAGGAGGUUGCGGAAUUUUGGGUGUUCCAUUUAAAGACGGGAAGUUCAGUUCAGCAGAGGACUUGAUACUUGUGUUCACUUCCGUUAUUUACACCAGUAGUGUAGUUCAUGCCGCUGUCAACUUUCCUCAGUACGAUACAUACGGAUUUCCCCCGAACUAUCCAACAAAAAUCAAUGGACCUCCCCCUAAGGAUAAGAAGCCAUUGCAGGAAGAGGAAGUAGUGAAGGCUCUCAUUGACAGGGCUACCACUCUAGACACGAUGAUUAUCACGAAAAUCCUGAGUGCACGAAGUACUAACGCUCUCGGUGACUUUGAAGUGAACUAUAUUUAUGACCCGCCAGCAGUAGCGAUUGUGGAAGAAUUAAGAAGUGAUCUGAAAAAUAUCAGUUCAAAGAUUCAUGAAAGAAACGGAAAGUUGGAGAGAGGGUAUGAAUAUCUUCUGCCGGAGGAAAUCCCGAAUUCCAUCAGCAUUUGAUUCUGCAAGAAGUAUUUCAAGUGUUAUUUGUGAACGCAUCUUUUUUUUUAACAAACUAUCCUUGUAUUCAUAUUUCAGAAAUUAUUUUGUGAUCUCUUUUCUGUUUUGAUAUAGACAAAUGUAAUAGUAAAAUGAAUUAUAAUUAAUAAAUAAUGUUUGAUAAAUGUAAAUACAUGUAGAAAUUGUUUAUGAAACAACAUAUUUUCAGAAAUGAGAUGUUUUAACAUGGCUUUCAGAAUGUUCAUAGCUUCAGAUGUCAUAGAAAUAUUAGAUUCUUUGUGUGAAUUAAGAUGUUAACAAUUUUAAUAUUGAAAA